AGAAGAGCGUCGGCAUCGAACGGACGCAGCGCGAAGCGACAUCUCGAGUCGAGUCCGAAGCUCCGCGUAUCACGGGGCGGGAAUUUAAAUGACCGUCGCGUAAACUUUCCCGCCAAGUGCCGCGAAAAGUCGUAAAUUAAAAGCUGAUUGAUUUCCAAUCGAUCCGUAAUCGGCGGACCGUCGCUCGUGUUUUCUUUUUUUCAGUGAAUAAUUGUGCGAGUUUGUCUUCGUUGUUCCGAGUCAUCGAAGAGCCUCGAUGUGAAUCAAAACCUGGGAAUUAAUACAACGCAACCUCCUUUUCAACCCGGAAAAUCAUCCCCUACAUUCGACUUGGUGAAGAGGAGUUACAGUCGGAGUCAUGUUGGAGCCCAGAUCCGAGGCGGAUGGUCGCCUCUGCCUACGAUGAGGACCUUCGAGGCCUGGGGGUAAUGGCUGAAUCUCAGCUUGGCGGCAAGAUGAGACUUGCACCUGAGCUUCGCGACGUCCUGAUCCUGAUUCUAGGCCUCCUCUUUAUCGGGCGGGUCCCUGAAUCCCUGGCCCUGGACCUCGGGCAAUGUACCGUGGCCCUGGGGAUGGAAAAUGGGGAAAUUCCUGACGACGACAUCACGGCAAGUUCCAUGUACGAUCCAAGCCUCGGACCGAAGCACGCAAGACUGCGCCAGGACAAGGGUGGCGGCGCUUGGUGUCCCCGAAACAUGGUGACUAAGGAAGGCAAGGAGUACCUCGAGAUCAAUCUCCACACCACCAGGGUUCUAACCUCGGCCCGGACUCAGGGAAGGUUUGGAAACGGUCACGGAGUCGAAUACACCGAGGAGUAUUUCGUCGAGUAUUGGCGCAACGGGUUCACCAAAUGGACGAGGUGGAGAAACCGGCGAGGAAUGGACCUGCUCGUCGGUAACAACAAUCCCUACACAGAGAAGGAGCAGACGUUCGACCCACCGAUAGUGGCUACAAGAAUACGUUUCAUCCCCUACACGUCCCACAUGAGGAUAGUCUGUAUGCGAGUUGAACUUUACGGCUGUCCCUGGACCGAAGGCCUCGUCUCCUACUCUAUGCCCCAGGGAAUUCAACGAGGAUCCGAGGUCGAUCUUUCAGACAGAACCUACGACGGCCGCGAGGAGGGUGGACACCUCUCAAGGGGCUUGGGCCAACUCGUUGACGGCCGUAAGGGCGCCGACAAUUUUCGUCUGGACGUCAGUGGCAAUGGGAAGGGAUACGAGUGGGUCGGAUGGCGCAACGACACCCCAAACAUGAUUGGUCAUCCGGUUGAAAUAACAUUCGAAUUCGACUACGCGAGGAACUUCACCGCUAUGCAUCUCCACACGAAUAACCUCUUCUCCAAGGACGUACAGGUCUUCUCGCACGCCAAGGUCUACCUCAGCGGCGGUGCGGGAAGUCAGUUCAACGGCGAGCCGGUCCAUUUCUCCUACAUGCCGGACCUCGUCUUAGAACAGGCUCGUGACGUCACCAUAAAGCUCCACUCGCGGGCCGGUCGGUACCUCAAACUUCAGCUGUACUUUGCCGCCAAAUGGAUAAUGCUCAGUGAAGUCGUCUUCGAGUCUGUCAUCUCCGAGUGGAACAACACCGACGACGAUGACGCAAGGAACCGUAGCACCAUCGUCAUCCCCGGAGCGACGGGAAGUCCGUAUCAAAACAACGAGGGUCCGCUUCAGAGGGACGAAGUCAAAGCCACCUUCAACAACAACAACGACGCCACACGGAGUGACAAUAUCUUUCCAGACAAGAGUAAAGAGCCGGAAUCCCGGCAGCUUAUCGGUCUUGUGAUCGGCAUACUGACGACGGUCAUCGUCAUGCUGUUGGCUGCCAUCACCUUCAUAUUCUACCGCAACCAGAGACUCAAGGCGACAUUGUCACCGCCGACCUUCUACGACCAACAUAACGAGCACCAGCAUCCCGAGACCAAGGUCUGCGUCGAGGAUACGGCCCAAGGAACGGAAGAAGCCCCGGAAGACAAGGGUCCGAUCUGUCCCCCACUUCCGCCGCAGUACCAUUCCGCAGUCUACAAAACGUCACAGCCUCGGAAGACCUGCCUGGACUAUGAUCCCGAGGGACUCACGGAAAUACAGCAGCCGGUGAUCCCGCUGCUGAUGAACGCCGCAAUCAAUAUUUCAAGGCCGAUUCCACCUGUCGACGAGUACCAGUCUGAUCCACCGCCGAUACCACCGCCGCCUGAAAAGUACUACGCAAGCACGGAAAUACUGAAGAGCCCCCUACCACCCCUCCCACCAUCCCCUACGCCCCCACCAAGCGCCAAAGCAUCGAGCAGCAUGACGAGCUACAGUCCGGAGGACAUGCUGACCGAGGAGGAGGACGAGGAACUCGGGAUAUUCGACUUCCCCAGGGAGCGGCUCAGCAUCGUUGAGAACCUCGGGAACGGCGCCUUCGGCGAAAUUCACCUCUGCGAGGUUGACAGGUUCCCGGGGUUCGACGACGUCUUCAGGUCAGCUGGCAGCCACCUCGUUGUCGUCAAGUCCCUUCGGCCUGGCUCGUCCGAGACUCUCAGGGUAGAAUUCCAAGAGGAAGCAAAGCGACUGGCGCGUCUCUCCGACUGGAACGUUUUUCGAUUGCUCGGUGCCAGCCUCGAGGACGAUCCGAUGUGCAUAGUCCUCGAGUACGGAGAAUUCGGCGACCUGAAUCAAUACCUGCAGAGUCACAUAGCCGAAACGUCGAGCGUUCAGACCGCCAAAACGCUGAGCUUUGGUACCCUGAUGUACAUGGCCACCCAGAUUGCAUCUGGCAUGAAGUAUCUUGAGGAGAUGGAUUUCGUUCACAGGGAUCUCGCCACAAGGAAUUGCCUCGUCAAUCGAGGCCAUGGUAUCAAGGUUUCCGACUUGGGACCAGGACGGAGACUCUACGCUGCAGACUACUUCCGGAUCGACGAUCGGCCACCUUUACCCAUCCGCUGGAUGGCCUGGGAGUCGAUACUCCUGGGGAAAUACACGUCGAAGAGCGACGUCUGGGCGUUCGCCGUUACACUUUGGGAGGUCCUCACCUUCGCAAGGGAACAGCCAUUCGAGGAGUUGCCCGAUUACCGCGUCGUCGAGAACGCGACCCUCUUCUGCCAGGACAACGAGAGGCGGUUCGUCCUACUUCCGCUGCCAAAAAACUGCCCCAAGGAGAUUUACGAGCUGAUGCGCGAGUGCUGGCAGCGUGGUGAAAACGACAGGCCAACCUUCCGUGAGAUCCACUUAUUCCUGCAGCGUAAGAACCUCGGUUACAGGCCAAACAACAACGUCACCUGAUACAGAGAGCUGGAAGGCUGGAACCUGAUUCGGCUUUCGAUGAUCGGAGAACUAAACGGCAACUGGAUGCAGUGGGGAUACCCUAACAAUUACCCCUAAGCUCUUAAAGGGGUCAAGACUGGACCAAUACCUUGUAUCCUAUCCCCGUAAACAAUAUUCACCCCCUGAUGAUAUGCGUCGAGUCGAUAGAGAUCGUCUGCCGUCGCAAGAUUUUACAGGGUGAAUUUCUGACGACCGAACGGAUCGGUAUCCGUUAAAAUCAAACGCGCAUGCGCUGAAAUUAAAGAGCGCGGCUGCUUGCCAGGGUGACCAACCGUCGCGAGCUUAACCUCAAAAAUUUUCACAACUGUCGGUGCUGAGCGCGACUGUGAAAAAAUUUUUGAGACUACGUUCUCGACCGUUGGUCAACCUGGCAAACAAUUGCUAUCUGAAAUUUCAGCGCAUGCGCGUUUGAUUUUAACAGACGCCGGACUAUUCGAUCGUUAGCUAUUCACUUUGUGGAUUAUAGCGUAUACGGAGAGAUGCUCGAGGAUCUAUAAUGUUGUUCCUUAGUUUUUACUCUUCCUUCGAUUAUCCCGCGCAGAAUAAUCUCAGCCAGAAAAGCCACAAAAAAUACACACCUGAUUCACGCGAUUAAAAAGUUCGAUAAAUGCGGUCAUGCAAGCCGGUCGUUUUCUCCGUCUGCAGACGUGAUGAACACCGUUAUUAACCUCAUUAUUGUUGUUAUUAUUAUUGGUAUAUCAUUCAUCGCAGGGUUAAUUACUCAACCCACUGCGAAGAAUUCGGAACGAACGGAUUAUGUUCAAGAAAUAUAUGCCCGAUUUUUUUGCCACGUUUUUUUUCUUGACAAUAGUCAUUUUGUUCAUCGUUUACUUAUGCAUAAAAAUGUUUUUAGCAUGAACAAGCGGUUCUGUAUACACGUGAAUCAUAUCGCAGGAUCUGAGAUAAAAGAUUCUAGCGUAAAAGCUAACAAAAUUGUUGAUUAAUCGAACGUAAAAAGAAUGGAAAUGAAUAAAUUUAAUAGGCAAAUAAUCGUUGCGAGGUAUAAUUGCAGCCGAUAUUGAUAAGCCGUUGUAGAAAAUAAAGACGAAGAAUUGUAUUGCAAUAAGUUAUAGAUAAUUAUCUAAUUCUUAAGCUUCAAUAAUGCGCUUAGCCCGAGUGCAUGAAUAUUUGACAAUACCGUGGUGGUUGCAGAAUAAAAAAGAAAUAAAAUAAAAUAUAUAUAUAUAUAUAUAUACAUAUGACAUAGUGUAUAUGAAAAUAUAUAUAUAUAUAUAUAUACACAUAUCUAUAAUAAAUAUUAUAUAAAAGUUGUUGACGAAUGAGGUAAGAGAUUGGAAAUUAAUAAUUGAGGAGAAGAAGAAAAUAAAAAGAAAAAAAAAAAUUUACGAACGAAUAGGUAAAAACAUUUGGUAGUAGCGUUUUAGUAACAUGAUUAAAGAGUGAAAAAGGGUAGACAAAAAAGAAAAAGAAAAAAAAAGAAAAAAAAAAAACGAAGGAAUUAUAAGAAACACUUUAAUUAUAAUACGGGGUAAAAAAAAAAGAAAAAAAAAACGGAAUAAAAUAGCUUAAACAAGGCUUACCUUAUAUACGUUUUAUAUUAAAACAUUUUUACGUAUAUAUAUGUAUAUUUAAUUUGCAAACGUGGUAUCGCGUAUAUAAUUCAAAUUUAUAUAUAUGCACACAAAACACACACACACACACACACACACACGCGAACAUAUAUAUAUACGAUAAACAUGACAACAAUAAUUAUAUUAACGUGAAUAAUAAACGCAUACGUAUACACAUACAAUAUAUACAUGCAUGGAUGAAUAUGAAUUGGGGUUAGUAUAAAAUGAAUCCAAAUAUCGUUUAAGUAAGGUUUAAAGUUUCGCGUAUAUACGACACGUAUACCGUACGAGUAAUUAUGUAAUACUUGUAAUGUCAUGUUAUUAUACAACGACCAAAGAACCAACGACACGAUCAAUGAUCGUGAUAUUAAUUUUUCUACGAUCUGUGUAUAUAUAUAAUUUGAUCGGUUGAAUUAUUGGUUUCUUACCUAAAUUUUCAAUUUCUAUCGACAAACUUAGAUGACGCUUUUUCCAAACCCGCGGUUUCAUUCCAUUUGUAAGUGUACGGAGUGACGCUAGAAAAAAAAACAAAAAAAAUAAAAAAAUAAAUGAAAAAAAGAAAAUAAAAACACUAUGCGUUAAAUAUCGAAGAAAUUUUUUAACGGGACGUAUAAUUUAAAUGUGAAAAGCUUUGUAUCCGAAAAGUGCGAGACGAUAUCUUCGAUAUGGGAAUUAAAAGAAUUGAAACGAAAGAAAAACAACAACAAAAGGACGGUACAUAUAAAAUGGAAACGAAUAAAAAAAAAAAAAAAAAAAACACCGAUGUUCGAAAAUCGUACAUAUCC